AUUUUCUAUCCAGAAGUUACUGUAAAUAAACACUGGGAUUCGAUUUGAAGUAAAGCCAGUAGAAGAUCCUACAGCUGGACUACCUUACAAAAAGAAUUGGUUAAAACUGGGGUUUCAACAAGAACAAUAAACGUCAGAUGUGACCCUCAAGUCCUUCCUAACCAUCCAGCCCCCUUCCACCCCUCUUUGUAAAUUUUAAGUAAAACUCCUAUGAGAGCCAAACUAAAAACUCCUGACCCAGCCUACAUGACCUCAUUUGUGACAGUUGAGCAUUUUGUUUACCCAUCAAACCCCUCAGGCUUACCCCAGAUAACUGGUAAGAUAAGUCUUUCGUUGACUUAACCAAAAUUUGACAAGUUACAAGCACCACACCCAUGCUGACACUGUCGACAACAACUCCCUCUUGAAACCUGGGAUAGAAAAUCUUCUUUAUUCUACUGAAGGUUCUGUACACGUCAGGACACUGAAGACUGAGCUUCACAUACAGCACCAUAUACACACUGUGUAUCUCAGCAGGGCAGGGGCCAGGAGCGGAGGGCAGGUAGUGUACUCGGGACUGCAGAAACUUCCAGACCCAUCCUGUGUAUCAAGGAGACCACCCUCUGAUCUCCCGCCCUCCAUCAUCAGUUCAACAUGGGUCAGAUCAUCAACAAACCCAAUUCUCCCUUCCAGAACUCCAAAUUAUUUGCCUCUUUUAAGCGUUCCUCCUCCAGCCACCCCCCAAACGAUCAGAACAUAGUUCCUCGACCGAGCAUCUUCGCCACUCUGAAGAGGCCCCCUACCGCCAAACCCAAUGAUUUCAUACCGCUAUUUAAUGACUGCAUCUCUGUCGCCUCAUCCAGAACUCAAGAAUACCUUCUCUUCAAAGACCCAGAGGACAAGUUCCACCCAAGUCCUGACGUUCUCACUCAGGUCUUCCUGAUGACCUACAUCACUGAGAGUGUCAACCUCAACAUGACGGAUACCUUCAACUGCACAGCCAUGACGCCUGAGCAGCGCAUCCUCCUGGGGGCUGACUGGGUCUGGGCCGUGCUGGAGAAGCCCACCAAGAAUCCCCGGAUCCAGAUUGCCGUGCAGGUCCUACCCUUACCCGAUAAGGAGGAGGCUGAGGAGAACAACAUCCCUGGGGAGGCCUGCAGCGAGUCCGUCCAGAUUGCCCAGCAGGAGUCCAGCAACAAGAACAUGUAUGAGAAAAUGGUGGACUUCUGCACCUCCAUCGGCAAGGACUGCUACGCCCUGUUCUUGUUCAUGGGAAGGAAAAACGACAAGGGGAAUAUCUACGGCGUCCUUAGCAACAACUUUGAUGCAGCCAUUGGGAAGUGCGACAAGAUUGACAGAGCUUUUAUUGAGAACUUCUUCAAAGGCUCAAGGUAUCUCCACACACCUUCAGGAAUGAUGCAGGCCAUUGUCACAAAGAAAGAGGACGACCCUCUCACUCUCAUGAUUAAAUUCAGUUGAAACAAAGGGACUCACAAUAUCCUAAUGGCCAAUAACAUGAUACAGUAAACUUUAUGUGGUAGAAAUGGGGGGGGCUUAUGAUGUAUCUCUUGAGAAAUAACCUCCAGACCUACUACAAUGUUGAGUUUGAUGAAGUAGAAGGCCUUUGAGAGUACAUUCUGGUUAUUUCUGUCUAUUUCAGUUGUUGAUGGUUUAUCUUACAAAUAUGUCUGUUGUUGUUUCCUGCUUUUUACUUGGAGUCCUGUUUUCUAACAGCUUAAUCUAGUAACUCAUUGAAACAAGUAAUUUAAUAACGAGACCAAAUAUACUGCGUCCUAUCGGAGCUGCAAUGCUUUCUAAAAUAGCGACCUAACAUGGUGCUCAAGUUUUAGUGGAUAACUGGAAAGCUAGACAAGUCCCAGUGCAGUGUGUUAAUGCAGCCUGUUCUCAUUACCAGGCUGUCAAAUACUGAUGCUCUGUCUCCCCCCUCAGCAUGUGAUAUCAACACCAAAGGCACCCUUUGGUGCAUGUGAACCCAUUUGUGGCAAUACUUGACACUGUGACGUAAUACAAACAGUGAAAAAGUCUGCAUAGGAUGGGAGUUAGGGAAGGUGGGGCAAACAAACAUCAGACUUUCACUAGGGAGAACAUAGUUCAUGUCCCGUGUGACACCAAAAGUCAGUGUUGUUUUAACGUAACGUUACGUUAACAUUUACGUAUAGUUGCCUUGCACUUAUAUUAAUGUCACAUCAUGUUGUAACAAACACACUUAUUUCAACCCGAAACAUCCUUUUUCUAACCCUAACCAUGUAGUUUUGUUGCCUAAACCUAACUGCAACCGUUUCACAACAUAAACCUAUAUGUGCAUCACACAGAGACCAGGGGUGUAGCAGAGCUUUGGUAUUUGAUUAUCUGACAAUGAGAACAGGUUGUUGAAUGUAUGUUAUAGAAAAUGUAUUUCAAUCAGUUCUCUUUAUUUGCCUUUGAUAUUUUCAGCGUGUAUUUGAACUAACUGAAUGAAUUGCAGUACGUAAUGGCACAACAAGGAAAAGUGACAUCCAAAGUUAAAAAAAUACAAAGUGUAAUUAUCCUUUAAAUACCAGCUUCAGGUUAUGUUUGGCCAAGCAUCAUCCUUACAACCAGUUUGUCUAAAGAAACAUUCUUACAGUGGACAUUUUGACUUGUCAAACAUGGGUGUAACUAAUAAGUAAUGACAGUUGCACCCAAUUACAUGUUUUACUCCAACCAGGGAUCCUGCAGCUUGAGGCAGGUUAAAUUAAAACUUGUUAAGACUUCUUUAAAGCCACUCAGAAUAAAUUUUUACUUUGACCAAAACUGAGGAGGAAAAAUAACAUGAAAUGACUUUGGGUUAGGGACAAUUUUGCCCAAAUGUUUAUUGACACACAAAAGGUGACUUUUUUGUCUAGUGGAGGAGAUGAGGGUAGAACUGUACUGGGAAAUACCUGGCUUCUGUUGGAUAGUUUUCCUGGCUAUUUUGUGUCUUACUCUACAUGUGGGAUUCCACUGCCUUAAUUACCAUCAUGCAGUUUGAAAAACUUUUUGAAUAAAAUACACAGAUUCUUGUA